AUGAGUUUAGAGAUUCUCGAUUAUCUCAAGCAAGAGAAUUAGUAAUUAUAAGAGCAGGUUCGCGAGCUCUAAGGAUUACUUUAAUUGAAUAAAUAAGCUUUAAAGGUCUUGAUGCCUUAAACAAGUGAUGAAUAGCAUAAGGGGUUAUUAACAGUUUUGAAGAACUUAUAAGAGGAAAAUGAAACACUACAAAUAAAAAUAGAGAAAUUAGUUAAAGAGCGAAAUGAAGCAUAAUGUGAUUAGUUGAUAAAUCAAUAAAUUACAGAAGAAGUUUAAAGAUAAGAGAAAGAUUUAGUAGCAUCAUUACAAUAAAAAAUGCAAGGAUUAUAAGAAAGUUUAAUGUCUGCUGAAAGUAAAUUAGCAAAGAUGGAAGAAUUGAAACCAGAAUAUGAUGAAGUGGCUGGAGUAGUGAUAAAAUUUAAAGAAGUUUGUGAUCCUGAUCUCAUAGGAUUAAAAAUGCAUAAUGAAAUUCAAAUGUUGAAUGAAUAAUUAUUAAUUGAAUAGAAACAGAAAUAAAAAUUAAUGAAAGAGAAAUAAAAUAUAUAAGGAUUAAAUUUAGUAAUUUAAGAAUUUUAUUUUAUUAGCGAUUAAUGAAUGAAUUAUUGUAAUAAAAAAGUGUAGCUCAUGCUGGUAAUAAACUGAUCUUCAUGAAUUAGGAUCCAGAAUAAUUAGUUGAUUUUUAAGCAAGAGCACUUAAAUUAAUAAAUAAUUCUUCUUCAUCUGAGUCUCCUUCUUCUAAAUCAUCAGAAGCUCCUUUAGAUUCAAAUUAUUCACCAAAGAUUUAAUAAUUUUAAAUGAAUUCAACAAAGGGAACAGUUAUACCUAAACUUGAUUUAACAAGAGCAAAAUAAAUACAAGAGAUAAAUGCAAAGAGAUAGAUGUAAUAAACUUAAAAACCAUUGAAUGAUAUAUAAAGCAUGGAGAGAAUUUAAAAAUUAGAGAAAGCAUUAGAUGAACUUAGAAAGAAUCAUUAAAGAGAAAUGAUUUUGAAUAAAACACUUUAAGCUCAUAAUGAUGAGUUAUAGAGAUAUUGCGAUGAUAUGGAAGUAAUUUGUAUAAAUAAUUUAAGCAUAGAAUAAAAUUACUUACAAAUUCAAAUCUUCGAUAUUAGGAGAGAGCAAAAAAGAUGAAUGCAAAUUACAAAUUUUUACAUCAGUUUUACUUAAAUCAUAAAGACUUAUUGCCAACAACAUCUUUGAGUAGCAGUCAUUAGAGAUAGACAUCUGCAAAUUAAAUUGAAGAUGAACAAUCUUAGUCUAAAUAAUUUGAUAUUGAUGAAAUGGAGAGUCCAAUUUAAAGAUAGAACAACAAUGAGCCUUAAAUAUAAUAACAAUAAUUGGUUUCAAGUGUCUAUUACUACAUGCCUAAUAAUAAGGAUGAAUCUGUUAAAUAUCUAUUAUAAACGGCUUAAUAGAUAUAUUCAACAAUUUACGAAAGAGUGAAUAGAGUAAUAUAAGAUGAACCACAAUGUAAACAUAGAUUUCGAUCAUUUAGCGAGAUCAUAAUAAAUUGAUCA